AUUUUUUUCACCCGCUGGGCAAAAUUAGUCCUAGCCAUGACCAUCAACGGCGCUUCUGGUCCCAGCCGUGUCCUCGUCUAUUCCCAUUCGUGGCUUCCAGGGCAAGUUGAUGGUGUAGCUGUCCGGAUGAUGGCACACGUGAAUGCAAUGGCAAAACGUGGUGUUAGAGUUAUGCUUUUGACGCCGGAUUUUGUGAUGAAUGGUGAACAACAACCGAAUUUUGAGAAAAUUCUGGGCGUUGAACACGUGACGCUCCAAACUCAAAAGACACCAAUUUAUCGCAAAAAUAUGUGCAUGAAAAUGAGUUUGACCAAUUUGCGGAGGCUCUUAGGAGCAAUUCGUAAGUUCGAACCUGAUUUGGUGCAUGCAACACAAGAAGCAUCCCUCCAAGUCCUGGUUGCUGCAUGUGCUUUGAGCGAUGUUCCGGUGAUCAUCUCACUUCACACCGAUGUUGCACAGAUAGCUGCUCGUGAUGAAGGUUUCUCAUCUUUGGGUGGAACCAUUGGAAGAUUGCAUUCAUGGUCGGCCGUCCUUUUCACCCAUUGGGGUUACAGAAACUGGGCAUUGGCCGGAGCCAACUAUUUUCCAGUUUCCAAACAAUCCAUGGUGAUACUUCGAAAUGCUGGCGUGCCGGAGCAGCGUGUUGCUCCUGUCAUUUGGGGUCCCAUGGUUGAUCGUAAUCAGUUUCGAGUGGAUCUUCCUGAUGACAAGGUUUCAGAAACCCGAAAACGUUUGACGUUUGGGAUGCAAACCAGUUUCUUAAUGGUUUACGUUGGACGAGUCACAGCUGAAAAAGACAUACAAUUUUUGGUUGAUGCACACAAGCGGGCUCCGAAACAUGUCGUUUUAGCCUUAAUUGGACCUGGAUCAAUGGCUGAAGAAUUGAAACAGUUUCAUGGACCGGAGCAUCGUUUGUACUGUACUGGCGAACUUGCAAGCCGGGAUGAAGUUGCUUUGAUUUUCCGGGCAGCAGACCUCCACGUUUCUGCUAGUCGUAUGGAAACAGUUGGAUUUACCGCCAUGGAGUCUAUUAGUUGUGGCACACCAAUGCUGGCAGCAAACGCUCAGGGUUUUGCAAUGUACCUCACACAUGGUGUCAAUGCCAGGCUUUUCACACCUGGCAGUGUGGAGUCAUUCGACUCUGAACUUGCAGAGCUAAUGAACACCAAGCGUGAAGGAAGUUGGUCGAGAGAGUCUUUGCGAGGGACUAUGGAAAUGGCCUCCAUCGAUGCCUGCACAGAUCGCGCCUUUCAAGCGUACCUCACAAGUCCGGCUACUGGAUGGCAUUACAUUAGAUUGUUGGUUACUCUGUUCUACCUCUUUCUGAAUAUGUUCUUCGCUGGACUCGUUGGCUAAGCGAAUCUAUCGGGCCAAAAUGGAAGCGCCGUAGCAUCGCUCUGGGAUAUCAAUGCGUUUUGGUGUCUGCACUUGACUUUAUUCGUCAUCGACGUUCAGAACAGCCCCAACAAAAAGAACAGAUGCAGAAGUCUAGAGAUUUUGCCAGGGAUUCCUUCCCCUUUUUGCGACAGAGAAUUUUGUUCUUGUCUUGCAGUCUCUAACAGUGAGAUGACUGGAAACCAGUCCCCGCAAGAUACUUCUCCCUAGAUGGCGAGGCUUGUGCUCCAAGCGGAAA